ACUUGCCAAAAGUACACAUAAAAAUCAUAACAAUGAUUUGCACUUCAAUGAAAGCUGAGAUAGACAGUACUGCAUCCUGUAAUUUCAGUAUAAUGGAGUGAAUCCUUAAAGUAAUUUCAGUGCAAUUACCUUUAAAAAAUGUUUUAUCAAGACAUAGGGGGAAAAGCCCAACCACCAGUCAAAGUCAGAUUUUCUCCUCAGAUUUCCAGGGAGGAAAUCUGAUGCUUUUAGUUUUGCUUGUUGGAGUUUUGGAACAAACUACAUUGAGAUCAUAUUUUGAUUUUUGAAUUCAAAGUAAAACAGAAUGAACUUACUAAUCUUCAGUUAAUCACCAAACUUUUCUAGUGCUUUCAGUGAUGAAUAAAAAUGAGUCUCUGUUCAUUUCCUUUGCAGUUAAACAUAUUUACUUCUCUAGAAAUACACUGUAAAUAAACAAAUGUAAUUUUCAUAUCCAUGUCUACCCUUGUAUUGGAAUUACUCUGCCAGUUGUUAAAUACUGAUUUUUUUUUCUCUGAAGGUUUUCCCUACACAUAGGUAAGCAAGCACAUGUAAGAAGUGUUAGUUGCGUGUAUGCAGGUAUACAUUCAUACAAGGCCUUUUGUUAUUUAUGCCACAUUAAGUUCUUAAUUUUUUUGUGUGAAAUCUCCUGAUUUACUUUCCUUCUGUCAAACAUUUCUUUUGUUGUAGAGCUGAUACUGUCUGCUCAGGCAGAGGAUUGUACAAAAGACUGUCAGAAAUAAAAAGGUGACAGCCAUACUCUAACCUUCUACAAACGUUGUAUUUAUAUUCAAGUGUUUUUUAAAGUUUUUAAUGUAUUUCUUGAAGUCUGGAGGGUGAGAACACUUUUUUUUUUCUUCUUCCCUUCAUACUCUUUUCUCAAAAUAUGACGGUGUUUGCAGGAGCAAUUUGUACAGCUAAAACUUCUCUUUUUUUUUUUUUUUUUUCUGUUUUCUCUUCUCUGGGGGACCUCUUUGCUUUCUAUGGAAGGCAGAUCUUUUAUAGCCCCUAGGAGGGUGUAGGUGAGAUGAGCAGGAUGAUGGAGGUGGUGGAGGUGCCGCCAGAGGGGUAUUCCCUGAUCAAAGCUGUGUACCAGAGACGCCUCCGCCUCACCAGGCUGUUGAUCGAUGGGGGUGCCUAUGUCAAUGAGAGCAACAGCAGAGGGGAGACCCCCCUCAUGGUUGCUUGUAUGACUGAACACGUGGACCUGCAGAGUGCCAGCAAGGCCAAGAUGGUUAAGUACCUGCUGGACAACAAGGCUGAUCCGAACAUCCAGGACAAAUCUGGGAAGACGGCCCUGAUGCAUGCAUGCUUGGGCAGAGCGGGCCCAGAGGUGGUGUCUCUGCUGCUCAUGAGUGGGGCUGACCCAAGCCUGCCUGACCACUCCAACUGCUCUGCUCUCGUGUACGCAAUAAACUCUGCAGACAGAGAGACCCUAGAGGUUCUGCUCAACGCUUGUAAGGCACGAGGGAAAGAGGUGAUCAUCAUCACCAUGGACAAAUCUGCAUCGGGGAGGCAGGAAACUAGGCAGUACCUGAACAUGCCUCCCCCAGAGCUUGGGGAGUGUCAGUACCCAACUGCUUGCACCUCCCCAUCAGAAAUAGAACCCAGUGAGAUUCCAGAGGGACCAUUCAGCUUCAGAGAGCUGUAUCCUCCACGGGAGGAGGACAGCUUAUCUCAAACAGGGUCACUGAUGAUGAAACCCAGCCCGAUACAGGCCCGGUUCAAGCUGACCCAUGUGCAGCAGCUGGAGUGUGAGCCUCGGGUAAAGUGCUGCCCAGCAGUGUUUCACCAGAGGAAAAUUGCUUCUUCACAGGAACUUCAGAGUAUCACUCCCAUAGAAAAGCUCUCUUCUAAAGUCGGUGGCCUUGGCUUAUCAAAGAGAGUCAACACCAGUCCCCAAAGUAUUGACAGGAAAGAUGCUGCUCAUGUAUUCAAAACCUCUGAUGAAACUGGGUCCAGGAAACCACCACCUGACAAGAUAAACUAUCAGACUCCUUUUGUUGAAGAGAAACAUAACCCCAGUGUGAUUCCCAUGGGUCAGAGUGUCAGUCUGGGACAAAUCAGCUUAAUUUCAAACCUCAGCGGUUUUUUCAGGAACAAAAAUGCAAAAACAGAUCACAACAGUUCUGAUUCUCAGUUAAUUGCUGGUCUAAGUCCUGCUGCUGCUGCAGAAGCCAGUAAGUCAGCAAUAGGAAAGAAAGAGAUUAUUUCUCCAUCUCACUCCUUGUUACCAAGUUCUAGAGAAGUUCUGGAGAAAAUGCCUUCUGUUACUGUGAAAGGCAGAAAUCAGGCUUUCCCAGAAGGACAAGGGUCAGGAGCCUUAGCAUUGGAUCAGACAAGGCCAGAUUUUCUGCCACCCCUGAGUGUGAACCCUUGCCCCCCAGUUCAAGAGAUCACUGUCAUAAACACAGUUUCUGGGAUGAUUUCUUGUGGGCAAACACAGUUAGGGCCAGCAGCACCUGCUUUUCCUAGGAUGACCAAAAACACCAAUCUGCUGCGCAGGAGGCCGUAUGAGCAGAUUACAGUCUGAGCAGGUUAAGCAAUUACUGAAUCUUUCAUGGGGGAUAAGGGGCUACAAACUCUUUGAUAUGUAAAUAUUCACUGCACUCCCUGAUUGUAAUGGUGCAUAUCACAAAGUAGAGCGGGUUUGUGAUGUAAAGCUCUGUGCCUUGGGAUGAGUCGAACAGCUUAAAGACUACAUGAAGACAUAAUUAAUGAAUGAGGCUGCUUUCUGCAAACUGAGGAAUAUUUAUUUUCCUGGUUUUCUAAGAUUUUCAACUUACCUGUGACAGACUGAACCCACAAUGCCUCUUAAGCACUGCAGUUGUAAUUGUACGUUGUAAAUAUGACUCCUAGAUUUUGCCAAACAUGUACUCUUUUUGCUCCAACAGAGGUCAUACACAUGGAGUUUGGGAACCUGAAACAGUUGACUGUGAUGCUGGACACCAGCCUGACUGUCCAGGUUGUACAAUACCCAAAAAACUCAGACACAUCAGUGUGCAGGGGCAGGUGUACACAGUCAAUGUCUCCUGCUUCUAUGACUUCACUCCAUGUAAAUAG